GCGCAAAGUUAUGCGGAAUUAUUGGAAGUAAUUUUAGCAAAAGGAUAUGGUCUUACUAAGUUUUUUGGGAAAAUUAAUUUUCCGUUUUCAGAAAAACAACAGGCAGAAAAGAUUUUAUCCGAAGCUUUAAAAAUUAUUGUAACUGAGGGUGGUGAACAAGCCUCAAAAGCUUUUUACAUACUUGACAAAUUUGAUGCACACAUCAAUUCCAACGAUGUUAAAAGCUUUUGGGAAGAUGUCCGAUUACAAAAUGAACAAGUUAAAACUCGUAGUAAUCAAUUGAUAUUAACUGAAAAAAAGAAACAACAAUUUAUACAAGUCGAAUCUAACAUAGUUGACCAACAUUUCAUUGCAAGCGAUAAGCUGUUAUCUGAGCAUAUGGAAUAUAUAUCCACAGCUGAGGACUCUAAUCAGGAAGAUGUCAAGAACGAUUAUGGUAAACAAGAUGAUAAUGCCAAUAAUAAAGAAGUUGUGGAAGAAAUGCAGAAUACAGAUUAUGAGAAUUUUACGGAAAGUCUCUGCCAUUCAUUCAUUGUUGAUCCUAAUGAUUAUAACUACAUUGUUGAGAGUGUUUUUACCUUGGAAGAACUGAAUGAAAUCAAGGAACAUAAAUAUGAGAAACUCCCAAAUAUGCCGACAGAUUUGUUGAGAUAUUUAAACAGUUUUCGUAAAUAUAAUACUCGAGACCUUAGAAAAGCUGUGUUUGAAACUCAAAGUUGGAAUAUGCCCUUUAAUCGUGAUACUCACUUUGAUUUUGACUGGGUCCAAAAUUCUAUCUAUAACCUGUUGAGAGAAUAUGAGGCUAAAAAUCUUGAAAGAGAUCAUUUAGAAUUAUGGUAUUUAAUACACAUAUGGUGUUUCAUUGAUAGAUGUUUUGAAUGCAUCGAUGGAGUAGAGGCUUCAUGUAGCGUUGCCUCAUCAGCAAGAAGAAAUAUGAAUCGAAUGGUAUCUGCCAUUGUAUCAAUAAAACGAAAGGUUAUGGGAAGACGUGCUGAUAUUCUUAUCCGAUAUAUCUCAACUGAAUAUGCAUGCUCUGAAGUAGGAAAGAUAUUUGAUGGUGAAAAUGGGACUAAACUUCUGAAAGAGAGAGGUAAAAAAACACCAAAAAUGAUGAAAGACAUCUUUGAUAAUCUUUGCAUGGCUGUGGGUAUGAAAGAAGAAAAGAUAAGAAAACUCCAAUCAGUAGGAUUUGUACAUGCUAAUCUAAUGGUAGUAUUGCUCAGAAUGGAUUCUCCAGAAGGAUUUGUUUGCCGGGUGAAUCGAACAAGAAUGAUUGGCAUUCCUGCCAAAGUUGAAGAAUUUGGCUCCAAAGCAAUCCAUGUCAUUAUGUUAGCCUGGAAGGCAAAAAUGGUUGUAAGAAAUAUGAUUGAUCUUGUGGAGCAAAAUGAUGCAAUAGAAUUGAACGAAGAAGAAGAACUCGAAGAGUUGCAAAACUGUUGUGAAUUUCCCCAACAUCGACUACGGUUACCGCUAGAAGUAAAACACCACCUUCUCCAAAGCGGGAUACAAUGUAUUUACCACAUUGCUCUAACACUCCUCAAAAGAGGAUUAAAAUUACUAAUGCGAAGGUGA